AUGGGUCCUCCGGGCUACGCUGCUGAUGGUUGCUGCGGUGGUUAUCAGGGAGGUCACGUGGUAGAUCUCGCCGACCAGUUUCGCGAACUGAGUCUCGGCCUGGACCAUAAGCUUGUCAAAAAACCGCCUCUAAACUACCUCUGUCAUCUCUGCUUCCACAAGGGACACUAUAUCAAGGAUUGCCCUCAGGCUAGACCCAAAGGACAGGGACUGACGCCAUACCAGGGUAAGAAGCGCUGCUUCGGGGAAUAUAAGUGCACCAAGUGCAAGCGAAAGUGGAUGAGCGGCAACAGCUGGGCCAACAUGGGACAGAAAUGCAUCAAGUGCCACAUCAACGUCUACCCGCACAAACAGGUCAGAAUGAGAACCUUUACGAGGCAAUGCCUGUGA